GAUUGAUUUCGCAGUAACUUUUCGGCCGAUAAUGCCUGAGUACUCACCGUUAAGCGUUGAUGAUACAGGCCAAGAACGCCAACGAUUGCCUUCCAUUGUUGUUCCCGCCAAGAGAACGAGGCGGACGAAUCGCGUCGCUUCUCUCGAUGUCUUUCGCGGUCUCUGCGUAUUUCUUAUGAUUCUAGUGGAUUAUGGUGGUCCAUUAUUUCCUUAUAUUGCUCAUUCUCCAUGGAAUGGUGUGCACCUGGCAGAUUUUGUGAUGCCUUCCUUUCUUUUCGUUUCCGGAAUCUCACUUGCCAUUGUUUUUAAGAAAGUUCAAGAUCGAGUGGAAGCCUCACAAAAGUCACUACUAAGGGCUUUGAAACUCUUUCUUGUUGGUGUUUUUCUUCAAGGGGGUUAUUUGCAUGGAGCAACUUCUCUCACGUAUGGUGUUGAUAUUGGAAGGAUACGUUGGAUGGGUAUUUUGCAGAGGAUAUCUAUUGGAUAUGUAUUUGCAGCCUUGUGCGAAAUAUGGCUUCCCACUGAAAAGCUAAAAGGAACUUCUCAUUUGAGGAAUUAUUUUUAUCAUUGGUGCACUAUGUUUGCAUUAUUGUUGUCGUACUUGGCAUUGACAUAUGGUUUAUAUGUUCCUGAUUGGCAAUUUGAAGCAUUGAGCACAACUUCCUCUCUGGUAGCUUCAAACAGUAGCUCUGUUUUCAAGGUAACAUGUUCAAGACGAGGGGAUCUUGGACCUGCAUGUAAUGCGGCUGGAAUGAUAGAUCGUUAUGUUCUUGGUAUCAACCAUCUAUACACAAAACCUACGUAUAGAAACUUGAAGGAAUGCAGAACCUUAGGAGAUCACCAGAUACCUUCGUGGUGCCAUGCUCCAUUUGAUCCUGAAGGGAUUCUAAGUUCAUUGAGUGCUUGCGUUUCAAGCAUAAUUGGACUACAGUUUGGUCACAUUCUUGUUCAGUUUCAGGACCAUAAAGAGCGAUUACAGAGCUGGAUCUAUUUUUCAGUUGCAAUCUGUUUACUUGGCUUGUUCCUUUCUAUUCUAGGUAUGCCAUUGAAUAAGUCUCUAUACUCAAUAAGUUACAUGCUGGUGACAACCGGCAUUGCUGGAAUAACAUUUUCGGCUAUGUAUACAUUGGUUGAUGUUUAUUGUGGUUUAGGAUGUUUGAGAUAUGGGUUUGAAUGGAUGGGAAAACAUGCUUUAAACAUAUUUAUAGUGGUUAGUUCAAACUUAGCAGUUAUUGCCAUUCAAGGCUUCUACUGGUCCGUCCCUGAAAAUAACAUUGUAAGUAGUAUCCAAUCCAUCUAUGUUCAAGAAGAAGAAAUGUCUAAAGAAGUAAAAGAAGAAGGUGUAACAGUUCCCCAUGGAAGAGACUACGUAGACCCACCACCAGCUCCAUUUCUAGACCUAGCAGAAUUAAAGCUAUGGUCUUUCUACAGAGCUCUAAUCGCCGAAUUCAUCGCCACCCUCCUCUUCCUCUACGUCACAAUCGCCACCGUCAUCGGCCACAAAAAACAAACCGGUCCCUGCGACGGCGUAGGCCUUCUCGGUAUCGCCUGGGCCUUCGGCGGCAUGAUAUUCGUCCUAGUUUACUGCACCGCCGGCAUCUCAGGAGGUCACAUAAAUCCAGCAGUAACAUUCGGGCUAUUUCUAGCCAGAAAAGUGUCCUUAAUAAGGGCACUAGGAUACAUGAUAGCUCAAUGUUUAGGUGCCAUAAGUGGUGUCGGACUAGUUAAAGCAUUCAUGAAACAUCCUUAUAACUCUCUUGGAGGCGGUGCUAAUUCAGUUGCAGAUGGUUAUAACAAUGGAACCGCUCUUGGAGCUGAGAUAAUUGGAACGUUUGUUCUUGUUUACACUGUUUUUUCAGCGACCGAUCCUAAACGCAACGCUCGCGAUUCUCAUAUUCCUGUUUUGGCUCCUCUUCCAAUUGGGUUUGCUGUUUUCAUGGUGCAUUUGGCUACUAUUCCGAUUACUGGUACGGGUAUUAAUCCGGCUAGGAGUUUCGGAGCUGCCGUUAUCUAUAAUGACAAGAAAGUUUGGGACGAUCAAUGGAUAUUCUGGGUUGGACCGAUGAUCGGAGCGAUGGCGGCGGCGGCGUAUCAUCAGUAUAUAUUGAGAGCUGCGGCCAUUAAAGCUUUGGGAUCUUUUCGUAGUAACCCUACCAACUAGAUGAACUUAUCAGUUCUACUAUCUUUAUUGAUUAAUUAAUUAGCUUUAUUAGUUUUUGAUAUAUAUAUUAUUGUUUAAGUGUGUGGUUUAAGUAAUGUAAUAUUUGAUGAUGUUGUGUGAAUUUGUUUCUUUUUAGAGAGAGUGAGAGAGACAAUGUUUGUACUAGUGUAUUGAUUUGAUUCUAUGUACGAUGAUGGGUGUUCUUUGUUGGUAAAUUUCUUUUUUUU